GAUUGCAGACGGAGCACUACUAGGGCAGGCUGGAUUGUGAUAGCGACAGAUGUCUAGAAAAACUGCGAGGGGCACUUCUCAGUUACAGCACAGUCCCAGACUGCACCUCGGAGAGUAGGGGCGGAAUCUGCAGCUGUCACUCCAAAGGUUUACCUCCAUUAUCGCAUCCAGCCGGAUCUUGGAAAAGGAGCUCAAUUGAUCACUCUCUAGAAAUACAGGAGACACCAUGGGAGGCAAACUGAGCAAGAAGAGGAAGGGAUAUGAUGUGAGUGACCCCAAAGAGACGAAGGAUGAGGCUGCAGCAACAGCGCCUGGUGCAGAAGAGUCUGCUAAAGUGGAGGAUGCUGCCCCACCCACAGAAGCUGAAUUGACAGCUGAAGCUGGCAAUGUGGUGGCGCAAGCCGUGGAGUCAGCUGCGGCAGAAGUAACUGAAGCUGCUCCAGAGGAGCCCAAAUCUGCACCUCCAGAAGAAACAUCUCCUGCAGCUCCAGUACCAGAAGAACCAGCUGCAGCCACAGAGGAAGCACCUCCAGCACCAGAAGAACCUGCUGCAGCCAUAGAGGAAGCACCUCCAGCACCAGAAGAACCUGCUGCAGCCACAGAGGAAGCACCUCCAGCACCAGAAGAACCUGCUGCAGCCAUAGAGGAAGCACCUCCAGCAUCAGAAGAACUUGCUGCAGCCAUAGAGGAAGCACCUCCAGCACCAGAAGAACCUGCUGCAGUUGCAGAGGAAACACCUCCAGCACCAGAAGAACCUGCUGCAGUUGCAGAGGAGGCACCUCCAGCACCAGAAGAACCUGCUGCAGUUGCAGAGGAAGCAGAUCCAGUACCGGAAGAACCAGUGACAGUAGUAGAAGAACCAGUUGUAGCAGCAGAGAAAUCUGCUCCUUCAGCAGAGGAACCAGCUCCAUCUCCAGCAGUGGAGGAAUCAGCCCCGGCAGAAGAAGAACAAGCUCCAGUAGAACCGUUAGAGGCUAUAGAAACAGUAGCAGAGGAACCUGUGGCUAUAACAGAGGAACCUUCUGCUCCAGUACCAGAAGAAACUGUACCAAUUGAGGCUGAACCUGAGUCUGCAACUGCACCCGAAACGGUCCCUGUAGAAGAACCUGCUGCAGUUGUAGAAUCUGUGCCAGAACCAGCGGUUGUUCCUGUCAGCACAGAGGAAGCACCCAAAGACCAAGAGCCUGAGCCCAUCCCAGAGACUGUUACUGAGCCAGAAGCCAUUGUGGAGGAGGUAGUGCUGCCUGCUUCUGCCCUUGAAUCUGAGCCAGCUGCAGAGCCAGCACUGCAACAAGCCCAAGAGCCAGAACCAGAGCAAGCAGCAGAACCAGAGCCAGAACCAGAGCAAACCCUAGAGCCAGAAUAUGAAAAAGCAGUAGAGCCCGAGGUAGAACCAGUGAAAGAGCCAGAGCCAGAACCAGAGCAAGAGCAAGUCCCAGCGCCAGAACCAGAACCAGAGAAAGUACUAGAGCCGGAGCCUGAGCAAGAGGCUGAUACACCUGCAGCAGAGGAACAAGUACAAGAAGUUGAGCCAGAACCAGUAGUACCCACAUCUGACAGUGCAGAACUUGAGACUGUGGAAGCAGCAGCAGCACCUGAGGUCUUGGAGUCUGCAGAAGAGGAAUCAGUCGCAACAGAAGCCUCCAGCACUGAGGUGUCUGCUGAGCCAGAAGCAUCAGAACCUGUACCUGAGAUUAUCAUUUCUGAGUCUGUAUCUGCCAGCAAUGUUACUGCUGAGUCUGAAGAGGCAGCCCAAACUUCUGUGGAAGAGGUGCCUUGCCCAGAACCUGAGGUAGAGAGCAAGAUGGAAAAUGGAGAUUUGGAGAGCCCUUCUCUUACAGAGGGUGUGGCAGUAGUAGAUGCACUUCCAGCUGUGAACGGAGAAUGCACAGAAUCCACUUCCACCACUGACACACAGAAUGAGGAAUGUGUUAAUGGUAGUGAAAAACCAGAGGAGACGCCUGCCAAGGUGCAGAGUGACUUUGAACUGAAAAAGGACGUGAACCUGAGUGGCGAUGUCCAGGAAGUACCAGACGCAGUGUCUGACAUGGUGGAGGCCCCCAGCACUGAGGUCACCCAGGCAGUCUGAAAAGAAGCCAUCUUUCAAAUUAAUGUGAAUCCAGAUUAACCUUCCGAAUGUGCAAGAAAGCCAUCAAAGGUAUCACAAACACAGCAAGGCUUUCUGAAAUGCUGAAACCACCGCAAUGUUCUAUAGUGGUAACUCAGGCAAAUGGAUGUUUUCUUUUGAGUAACCAAAAACGAAAUGCAACCACUUGAGAAUAGAAAGAGACAGAGAGAAAUAGACAGAUACAGACAGAGAGUGAAAGCAUGUGAGGUGGAAGUGCAGAGUUGAGACUAGAGUUUGGAAUUUGAGGCAUGAAUACAUAUAGACCGUCAAACUGGACAGCAGAGCAAAAAUACUGGACAAUAACUACGAUAUUAAUGAAUGAAAUUAAUAAAUUUGUCUUUGUGUGAGCCCAAUGAAUAUUACGAAGUGGUUUAUUGGAACAGCAUUCAUUAUUAGUAUAUUAUCUGAUUUAGAAUUUCAUAUAUCCUUUCUAUUACUAUAUGCAGAGACAUGAAAUAAAUGUUUUGGCCUUUUAUAAUAAUGGUACCUGUGAGGACUGUUAAUUUUAAACUGAUUGUUCGGAAUAGAGAAUAAAAAGAGAUUGUUAUAGCCUA